CUCGCCGCGAGCUCGGUGCUGACGCAGCCAAGAGUGCAGGCAGCAAACGAGCGGGCGUUGAUUGGUGGUUAUUCCUCUGACCAACCGCCGCCGCCGCCUGAAACUGAACGGCGCACCGACAGGGGACGGGCCGACACCAACAGCGUACGGCGCGGCAGGGAGAAGUGUUAACAUGGUCUAAGGAGUGCCGAUUGUGAUAUAUUAAGACCUUCUUUCUUUCAUCGCAAAUUAUUCCUGGGUUUUGGCCUGGAUUUCCAGGGAGCAGCUACAUUUCGAGAGCAGAAGCCUUGGACUGUGGAUUAUUUUUUUAAAAAGGCAGUGAGAAAGAGAAGGUGGGGUCGCCAGAAGGAGGGCAGCGCCAAGCGUAGCCCAGCAGCCUGCUUUACCCGGCUGCUUCACUAUCAAUCAGUCUUCGUUUCGCUCGCCGCUGUCUGGAAAUUUUUUUUUUCUUUGUGUCUUGAAUUCUUUAACUGAGUUAUACGGGAAACGUUUUGUUUUUUUUUAAAAAAUCAAUUUUCCCAUUGGAGGGAGUUUUUUUACUUUGAAUUCCCUCUCAAAAUUCAGAUUUUAAUUAUCGACUAUGGCCGACGACGACGUCCUGUUUGAAGAUGUGUAUGAGCUGUGUGAAGUGAUUGGCAAGGGACCUUUCAGUGUUGUGCGACGCUGUAUCAAUAGAGAAACAGGACAGCAGUUUGCAGUGAAGAUUGUAGAUGUGGCCAAGUUCACUUCCAGUCCUGGCCUGAGUACAGAAGAUUUAAAAAGAGAAGCCAGUAUCUGUCAUAUGCUGAAACAUCCACACAUUGUAGAACUUCUAGAAACAUACAGCUCGGAUGGAAUGCUCUAUAUGGUUUUUGAAUUUAUGGAUGGUGCGGAUCUCUGUUUUGAAAUUGUGAAAAGGGCCGAUGCAGGUUUUGUUUACAGUGAAGCUGUAGCCAGUCACUACAUGCGACAGAUACUAGAAGCACUACGCUAUUGUCAUGACAAUAAUAUCAUUCACCGUGAUGUGAAGCCACAUUGUGUGUUACUUGCUUCGAAGGAAAAUUCAGCGCCUGUGAAACUCGGUGGAUUUGGAGUGGCCAUUCAAUUAGGAGAAUCUGGGCUUGUUGCUGGAGGUCGUGUAGGAACGCCACAUUUUAUGGCACCAGAAGUUGUCAAAAGAGAACCAUAUGGAAAGCCAGUCGACGUUUGGGGUUGUGGAGUCAUACUUUUUAUCCUCCUUAGUGGUUGUUUGCCAUUUUAUGGAACAAAGGAAAGAUUGUUUGAUGCUAUUAUUAAAGGAAAACAUAAGAUGAACCCUAGGCAGUGGGUCCAUAUCUCAGAGAGUGCAAAGGAUUUGGUCCGUCGUAUGCUAAUGUUGGAUCCUGCAGAAAGGAUAACUGUUUAUGAAGCGCUUAACCAUCCUUGGCUUAAGGAACGAGAUCGUUACGCAUACAAAAUUCAUCUCCCAGAAACUGUGGAACAGCUAAGGAAAUUUAAUGCAAGAAGGAAAUUGAAGGGGGCAGUGUUAGCAGCUGUAUCAAGCCACAAGUUCAAUUCCUUCUAUGGAGACCCUCCUGAAGAACUGCCUGAUUUUUCUGAAGACCCCACUUCCUCAGGACUGCUAGCUGCAGAAAGGGCUGUUUCACAAGUUCUGGAUAGUUUGGAGGAAAUCCAUGCACUAACAGAUUGCAGUGAAAAAGACCUGGAUUUUUUACACAGUGUCUUCCAGGAUCAGCAUCUCCAUACACUACUUGAUCUGUAUGACAAGAUCAACACAAAGUCAUCACCACAGAUUAGGAAUCCACCCAGUGAUGCUGUCCAGAGAGCCAAAGAGGCAAGUUGCACAAUUUUAGUUGUACUGUAUGUCAGCUUUUGUGCUUUAGAUUGA